CCCUACUCAUCUUCUCCGCCACCUCACCCGACGCACACUCUCAGGCUCACUUCUCUCAUCGUCUCUGUCUCGCAAGUCGCAGAGGCGGACUAGGCAUCACCGCUUCUCUUCCCUGGGCGUUUCCGUUCUCCUUCCUCGGCGUCUCCGCUACUCUUCCCUCGGCGUCUCCGCUACUCUUCCAUCGGCGCCUCCGCUUCUCCUCCCUCGGCGCCUCCGUUUCUCCUCCAUCGGCGCUCUCAUCUUCUCUCCGCCCUAGGCGUCUUCGGCUCUCUGCAUUCUGACCUCAGUGCUUUCGAAAUCGAAGCCCCUCACCCAGCAUACCUGCGAGGCAAACCAUCGAACAGGUUCUGAAGAGUUGAAGUGAAGCUCCAAAGACAUGAUUAUGACUUUGAUGACUCUAGCACUGGUUCUGAAGUUGGAGAAAAGGACAAUCAUCAUUUUCUAAUUGGCAUUGAGUACAGAAAGCUUAGCUUGGCAGUAGAAGCAAAGAUAUUGGAACUAAAUGUUGCCAUCUGUAUCAACAGCAGGUGGAGCAGUUAUGAGGAUUUCGAGAGCGGAGAAUGGGCACAAUGCAAUUGGGUCACCCAAAUACUCCAGCGGCGCGAAAAAGAAGUGCUCGAAUUGGCUACCGAUAUUCGUAGCCUUUGUGGUCAUAGCAGAGAUAGCCUUUCUUGGUCGACUUGACGUGACCAAGAAUGUUGACCUGGUCAACUCGUGGGCUCACUCGUUCUACCAGUUCACCGCCAUGCCCUGGUCAUCCACCUCCGCCGACGGCGGUGAUGACCGUGGUUAUUUCGGUGGCCGCUAUCGCCGCUUCGGAUACGAGAGCUGCGAAGAUUGGUUGGAGAGGGUGGACGUCGUGACUUAUACGAGGAACUUCGACAAAGACCCAAUUCUCCUCCGUGCUGAUAGCGAGGAAUUAGCAUAUUGUGCUGUGGGAUGCAUAGUUGGGGGCAAUUACAAUAAACAGCCUGAUGCAGUAUUUGGAUUGAUGAUUACAGCGCCUAAUACAACAAGGGUGCUGCGAUCAAUGGAGUCAUCAAAGUAUUAUCCUGAUAAUAACAUUGCCAGUGCAAAAAGGAGGGGAUAUGAUGUUGUUAUGACAACGAGCCUCUCUUCAGAUGUUCCUGUUGGGUAUUUCUCUUGGGCUGAGUAUGACCUAAUGGCGCCAUUGCAACCGAAAACAGAGAAGGCUUUGGCAGCUGCUUUCAUUUCCAAUUGUGGUGGACGCAAUUUCAGGUUGCCAGCGUUUGAAGCACUUGUAAGCGCAAACAUCAGUAUUGAUUCUUAUGGCAGGUGCUAUCAUAACAAGGAUGGAAAUGUGAACAAAGUGGAAGCACUGAAGCGUUACAAAUUUAGCUUGGCUUUUGAAAAUUCCAAUGAGGAGGAUUAUGUGACAGAAAAAUUCUUCCAGUCUCUUGUCGCUGGUUCUAUUCCUGUGGUAGUCGGUGCUCCGAACAUCCAAGAUUUUGCUCCUUCUCUAGGUUCAGUGUUACAUAUUAAAGAGCUAUCAGAUGCAGAAAAAGUUGCAAACACCAUGACGUAUCUUGAUGAAAAUCCCAGUGCAUAUAAUCAGGCACUUAGGUGGAAGUUUGAGGGUCCAUCUGUUGCUUUCAAGGCUCUCAUUGAUAUGGGCGCAGUUCAUUCAUCAUGUCGGUUGUGCAUUCAUUUGGCAACAAGGAUUCGAGAGAGAGAAGAGAAGAGCCCAACUUUUAGUAAGCGUCCUUGCAAAUGCACCAGAGGUUCAGAAACUGUUUAUCAUGUAUAUGUACGCGAAAGAGGGAGGUUUGAGAUGGAGUCCAUUUUCUUGAGGUCUGGUAAUUUGACAAUGGAGGCCUUUGAAUCUGCGGUGUUAUUGAAGUUCAUGUCUCGAAAACAUGUUCCCAUUUGGAAAGAAGAAAGACCCAAAAUGAUAAGGGGAGGGGAUGAGCUCACAAUUUACAGAAUAUAUCCUCUUGGAAUGACUCAAAGACAGGCAUUGUAUAGUUUCAAAUUUGAAGGGGAUAAUCAGUUUAGGGAACAUAUAGAAAGCAACUUGUGUGCUAAGUUUGAAGUCAUUUUUGUAUAGAUUAGCUUCAAAAUC